AUGGCCACGGAAGGUUUGAUAAGAAAAACUGCGCAGCCUUCAGCGAUAGCAGCGGUGUGUUGGUCUUACUUGAACUUCGCGAAGUAUGAUGAUGAUAUUUUCCUAGCAAUCACAGAUCGCCUCGACGAGUUGUUAUCAGUGGGAGAAGGCCAACCGUUGCAGUUGAACGGUCAUGGCUUUUUAGGAAUCAUGGCCUUCCUUGGCAAAUUCAAUGGUGGUCGUUUGACUGCACUAAUUGAGCGACUAAUUGAGGUGGGCUUUGACGCAGUGAAAUAUGCAAAUGGUGCAAUUGGAAGUUGCGGUGGCUGGUUUAUCCCCGAGUAG